AAUCGCCAAUGUCCGUGUGUGUGUCUUCCGCCGGUGGGACACUCGGUGUCGAUGCGAUGUCACUUUCACAGAUGGCGUUGCCCUCCUCGAUGAUGUUACCGUUGGCACAUUCAUCCUCCUCCAUCGGUACACACUCAUCGUUGCUGAGUCAAUCGAUGGCCAAUGGACAAACAAGCCUGGGCACGAUCGGCGCCCUAGACGGUAGCUCUUCAGUGGGAGGAUCAUCCAGAGCCCUGCAUCACAGCAACAACACCACCACCGGCAACAGCAACACCACCAGCAACGGGCACGUCAGUCUCAACGGAAGUCUUACCGGACUGCCGGCCCUGCACGGACACGGUGCGCUCGAUGGGCAAAGCUCCACCAUCGGCGCCGGCCUGUCCGGGGAUCUUGGGGAUCAUCAUCCAAAUCCCGAAAUGCUAUUGGCACUGAUAUCACGUAACAAGGCUCUCGAAGCAACCAUUCCAAAAUGUGGCGGCUGUCACGAACUCAUUCUGGACCGCUUCAUCCUAAAGGUGUCCGACCGCACGUGGCACGCCAAAUGUCUACAGUGUAGCGAGUGUCGGGUGCAGCUGAACGAAAAGUGUUUCGCCCGCAAUGGUCAACUGUUUUGCAAGGACGAUUUCUUCAAGCGCUACGGGACGAAAUGUGCCGCGUGUGAUCUGGGCAUACCGCCGACGCAAGUGGUCCGACGGGCGCAGGACAACGUUUACCAUCUACAGUGUUUUAUGUGCUCGAUGUGCUCCAGACAGCUGAAUACUGGCGAUGAGUUUUACCUGAUGGAAGACUGCAAGCUGAUCUGCAAGCCGGAUUACGAGGCAGCCAAGGCUAAAGGUCUUUACCUCUCCGAUGGUUCACUGGAUGGUGAGUCAUCGAACAAGCGACCGAGAACUACCAUCACUGCCAAGCAGUUGGAGACCUUGAAAAGCGCCUACAACAGCAGUCCCAAGCCAGCGAGGCACGUCCGAGAACAGCUCUCCCAAGAUACCGGGUUAGAUAUGCGCGUCGUACAAGUGUGGUUUCAAAAUAGACGAGCGAAAGAAAAGAGGCUGAAAAAGGAUGCCGGUCGUACUAGGUGGAGUCAGUACUUCCGCUCGAUGAAGGGAACGUCUUCGCCCAGCCGGCACGAUAAACUGCUCGAUAAGGAUGAGCUGAAGAUCGAUCUCGAUAGUUUCAGCCAUCAUGACCUCAGUAACGAUAGCUACAGUACGUCCAAUAUGGGCCUGGAGGACGGUGCGUCACCGCACAGUGCCCGGGGGUCCUACAUCCACGGGAACGGAAGUCCACCGCCUUACCUUUCCAGCCAUUCACCUCCGCCCAUGGGACCCGGUCACCCGUACGGAUCCUACCCGGACAAUAUCGUCUACACGCCACUAGGUCAACCACUAAGCUCGAUGCACCCUGGUGCUCGCCGCCCUGGGCUGCACGGUAGCGCGGUGUCGGACCUCAGCAACGAUUCUAGUCCCGCGCACGGCUAUCCCGACUUCCCGCCGAGUCCCGACUCUUGGCUCGGUGACUGUCCGCCACCGCAAACGCAACUUCCAGCUUCCGGCGCUCCCUCGGCACCUUCCAUUCAACAGUCGCCACAGGCACCACCGCUCGGGGUGAUUGGUCAGCAGCCGCCCCAGAAUGGAACGUCCGCCCUGCACUACUGAUGCGGGCCCAAGGGAGUCGCGCUGCACAAUAGUUUACACUAGUUACGAGCACGUUCCGUCACGUUCGGAUU